AUGAACACGCCGUCAGUCCAACUUCAAUCAAUCCGAAAAAAGUAUCUCAAUGAGAAAGAGCCGUAUCUUCUCGAGGACAAACUCCCAACAACGAAUCCUUUUGAACUUUUUGACAUUUGGUUCAAGGAUAUUGCGUCGCAAUCGGAUUUAACAUUUGAGGAGAUCAAUGCUGUCGCUGUCUCAACCGUCGGAUCUGACAUGCGUCCUUCCAGCCGAAUGGUUCUGCUUAAAGCCUAUUCCGAAAAUGGCUUCUCAUUCUACACGAAUUAUAAGAGCCGCAAAGGUCAGGAGAUCGAAGCCAACCCAAAUGUUGCAAUGCUGUUUUACUGGCCGAAAGUUAGCAGGCAGGUGAGAAUUGAAGGAGAAGUCGAGAAGCUUCCAGACGAAUUGGCCGUCGAGUAUUGGAACUCGAGGCCUGUCGCCAGCCGCAUCGGCUCAAAAGCCAGUGAGCAGUCGCAAGUAGUAAAAAGCCGCGAUGAGCUGGAAUCUAAGAAGCGCGAGCUCACAGAGCUAGCCGAGCGCGAAGGAGAGCAAUCAAUCACCAAACCCGAAAAUUGGGGCGGUUUGAAUCUGAAGCCACGCUACUUUGAAUUCUGGCAAGGUCAAUCUGAUCGCCUUCACGAUCGAAUCGUGUUCGAGCGCGACGUCGAUGUGUGGCUUAUGAAGCGAUUGUCUCCGUAA